AUGCCGGAAUAUGUGCGACGACGUGCAGGUAUCGUCAAAUGUGACCUGCAGCAGCGACAACCUGGACCAUGUCUGAACUGCCACAAGAUCAAAGUGCCGUGCCAGAAACGCCGAGGACUGCGUAAAGAGGGACAACAAUCUGCGGCAAACUCGACUCCCGUCCUACGGGUACCGGCAGAGUUGCCGACAGUGAGCGAAAGUGAAGCUGUCCAACACCAAACUGAAUCACCCGACAAAUUUGUGGGAUAUCUCGCCAAGGAAUCAUUUCUUUCCAAUACAUGUGACCAAGAUAUCAAUGAGGUCGAAGCUGCCAUAUCUCAGGAGCCGGAUCCGCUCACUCUGAAUUCCGCUUUGACCCUUGCUCCAGAGCCGAUGUUCAAUGCCUUUAUCGAUGCCUAUUUUAUCAACUUCUUCCCAUUGGUGCCGGUUGUUGAUCGAUCGGAUAUCAUGGUACCCUGCGAUUCACCUCUGCUUAUACAAUGCUUGUGUAUGCUUGGCAGUCACUACCGUUACCCCCGGCUGUCGUUCGUCCCGACGGCUGAAUCAUUCUAUAGCAAAGCCAAAACAUUGGUGAAUAACAACUAUGAGAAGGAUAGCCUCACUACCUUGAAAGGUUUGUCUCUAAUUGCCUGUCGGAGUGCCGAUUCACCGACAAACGUCAGCCUUGAUAGUCCAUGGCACUGGCUUGGUGUGGCCACACGUUUUGCCUUCAAUAUGGGUCUACAUCGUGAGAUGACGUACCAAGGAAAACCCGCCGCGGGGAUGAGCCGAAGGAUCUGGUGGAAUCUCUUCAACCAAGACAAAUUACAAUCUCUCUGUUACGGGCGCCCCCCAGCAAUACGUCUGCAUGAGAUCGAUGUGAGUCUGCCUACUUUGCAGGACUUCUCUGUGCCCCAUCCUGACAACGAGGCAUUUCUCCAAAGAACAAAGAUUUGCAUUAUUUUGGGAAAGAUUUCUGAUGCUCAAUAUGGUCGACAUCAACCUUCAAUACGCGAAGAAACGACAAACAUUGACGAGUACCUGAAGCAGUGGGUUGACGAACUCCCACAAGACUUACGGCUCUAUGAGUCCGAUGCUCAGACUCGUGCACCUUACCGACGAGCCGCAUCGGAGCUGCACAUAAUGUAUUUUACCUGUAUCAUUCUCUCCUACCGCUUGACUGAGAGCGCGCGUCUUGGCUCGGUAUCUCUCAAGGUUUCCAUAGUUGCCGCGUCUUGCAUGCUGCAGCUGUUCAAGGAGAUCUAUUAUCGAAACGAGAUUGCCUUUCUCCUUUCAAUAAACAAUUGGUACUGCAUGGUUGCCAGUGUGCCCCUCAUCCAUGCCAUUCUGGAAUUUCCAGAAGACGCUGCAUUGUACAGAGAGGAGUUGAAUAUGUUGCGCCUCGUGCUCCAUGAGAUGACCCAUACCUCACCGAGCACCAAAUUCAUCAUUAAUAAUAUCGAUCGUGUCCAGCGGUCUGUCUUGGCGACACCCAGUGAGGAGCUCAAUUCAAGACCUUCUCUUGCAUUGACCAAUGCGGCAUUCCCCGAAACUCGUGAUGCUAUAUUCUGGACUCGAUUUCGUCCCGUGGAAUCGUGGCUACUGUUUCCGUUUCCUUCUUCCAUCAGCCCAAGUAUGUAUCUUCUUCAAUCGGUCGCUCAAAUCAGCAAAGAGACCGCCUGUGUCGAGGUGGCUGUGGACUCAUUACCUGGGGAGGAACAGAGAGCAGGAGAGGAAGCAGAUUACACAGACUUUCCUUUCAACUUUGAUUUUGGAAAUGUACAAAUGGACGACUUUUUGCUAGCAGCUUCUGAUGUCGAUAUUCCUGCAUUUGAACAAAGUCUUCUACCUUAG